GCCUAGGGAAGCCGCGGGCGGCCGUUAGCGGCCCGAGAGCUGCUGUUAACUGCGCUACUGCUGCUGCGGCGGCGGCUGCACCGGCGGCGCCGAGGCCGAGACCGAGGCCGGAGUGUGCGCCUGGCUAACGUGCCGGAUCCGCGCGGCUCGGCGGCGCUGGCCCUUGCGGCCGCCUGGGCGUCUCGGCGGAUCUGUGCACUACCUCAGCGAGGAUGCGGCUGUUCCAGUGGCUGCUGAAGCAGCCGGUGCCCAAGCAGAUCGAGCGCUACUCGCGCUUCUCGCCAUCGCCGCUCUCCAUCAAACAGUUCCUGGACUUCGGGAGAGACAAUGCAUGUGAGAAAACUUCAUAUAUGUUUCUCCGAAAGGAACUUCCUGUGCGACUGGCUAACACAAUGAGAGAAGUUAAUCUUCUGCCGGAUAAUUUACUUAACCGCCCUUCAGUGGGAUUGGUUCAGAGCUGGUAUAUGCAGAGUUUCGUUGAACUUCUAGAAUAUGAAAAUAAGAGCCCUGAGGAUCCACAGGUGUUGAAUAACUUUCUACAAGUUCUGGUUAAAGUCAGAAAUAGACACAAUGAUGUGGUUCCUACCAUGGCACAAGGAGUGAUUGAAUACAAGGAGAAGUUCGGGUUUGAUCCCUUCAUUAGCAGUAACAUCCAAUAUUUUCUGGAUCGGUUUUACACCAACCGCAUCUCUUUCCGUAUGCUUAUUAACCAGCACACACUUCUGUUUGGUGGUGACACUAAUCCUGCUCAUCCUAAACACAUAGGAAGUAUUGAUCCCGCCUGUAAUGUGGCUGAUGUGGUGAAAGAUGCAUAUGAAACAGCCAAGAUGCUGUGUGAACAGUAUUACCUGGUAGCUCCAGAGCUGGAAAUUGAAGAAUUUAAUGCCAAAGCACCAGACAAACCGAUUCAGGUAGUUUAUGUGCCCUCACAUCUGUUUCACAUGCUAUUUGAGUUGUUCAAGAACUCAAUGAGAGCAACAGUCGAACUAUAUGAAGAUAAAAAAGGAGGUUACCCAGCUGUGAAAACCCUUGUGACUUUGGGGAAAGAAGACUUAUCCAUUAAGAUAAGUGAUCUAGGUGGUGGUGUCCCACUUCGAAAAAUAGAUCGUCUUUUUAACUACAUGUAUUCAACUGCACCUAGACCUAGCCUGGAGCCUACGAGAGCUGCCCCUCUGGCUGGAUUUGGUUAUGGUUUGCCAAUUUCUCGUCUGUAUGCUAGAUAUUUUCAAGGAGAUCUAAAACUGUAUUCCAUGGAAGGAGUGGGUACUGAUGCUGUUAUUUAUUUGAAGGCCCUUUCAAGUGAGUCAUUUGAGAGACUUCCAGUUUUUAAUAAGUCCGCAUGGCGCCAUUAUAAGACCACACCUGAAGCUGAUGAUUGGAGCAAUCCCAGCAGUGAACCCAGGGAUGCUUCAAAAUACAAGGCUAAACAGGACAAGGUCAAGACUAAUAGAACUUUAUAGAGAACUGAAUGCUCCGCUCCUCUCUGUGAAGCAAGAUCGUCUUCUGCAAGUCAACCAGAGAGAGCUUCUUUCUUCUACCAACUCUGAGCGUGGCACCAUAGUUAUUCCUAGUGCUUGAAUAUGUAUUCUCUCUGUACCAGCUGGACCUUUCCAUGGAACCCUUGCUCUAGUUACUCCAGAUCUUCCACUAAAGUAGUAAACUGAGUAACCUUUA